AUGGUCCCAAUUGCAUUGAAUGAUGAUCGUUUAAAAUUUUUAUUUAAAUCAGCAUCUCUUAUUCAAAUAGGAAUGGGUCAAAAAGAAUCUAUGUCACCACCACCGCCAUUUGAUUCGGACCCUUUUGAUUGUUUGAAAAGAAAUUUUACCGAAGAUGAAUUGGAAAAAUGUUUUCGUCAUUUUGAUUCUUCAAAUCAAGGAACAUGGUCUCAUGAUGAUUUUAGACGUUUCCUUAGUGAAUUAUUUUCAAAUAAACGACGACCCUAUCUUCUUUUAACUGAACUUGUUGAACAAUAUUUUCAAGAAACCGAUUUUAAUCAAGACAAUCGAAUUGAUUUUAAUGAAUUUCAGCAAGCAUGGAAAGAAACAUUAAAAACAACAUUAAAACCUGUUAGUGCAUUGGUUAUUGUCGAUGUUCAAAAUGAUUUUAUAAGUGGUUCAUUAGCUUUGCAUUCAUGUCCAGCAAAUCAUCAAGGUGAAGAAGUUGUUCCCAUUAUUAAUCGUGUAUUAACAAAUGUUCGAUUUGACGUUGUUGCCUAUACAUACGAUUGGCAUCCGCAUAAUCAUAUAUCAUUUUAUGAGAAUCGAUAUUUACGACCAACAGCUCCCGAAAGUAAAAUCAAUGCAGCCGAUGCAAAACUUCUCGAUUCUGUUAUAUUUGUUGGUCCACCUAAAGUUGAACAAGUUCUUUGGCCAGCUCAUUGUGUACAGCAUACGCGUGGUGCUGAUUUACAUAAAGAUUUGAUUUUAGUCAGUAAUGCCAUUCAUGUAUUUAAAGGAGCAAAUCCUAAUGUUGAUUCAUAUUCAGCAUUUUGGGAUAAUAUGAAAUUAGCUAAAACAAGUUUAGAUGAUCAAUUAAGAGAACGAAAUGUAACUGAUGUCUAUGUUGUUGGACUUGCAACAGAUGUUUGUGUUGCUGCAACUGCCAUGCAUUCAAUUGAAAACAAUUAUCGUACAAUAUUGAUCGAAGAUGCAUGUCGAGGCGUAGAUGAAAAAGAAAUUGAAGUUAAAAGACUUGAAUUAAAUAGACAUGGAUGUAUAUUUGUUGAAUCAACUGUGGUACCAGGAAUGGUCGAUGGUAUUGAUCGUCGACCCGAAUUAACUCGCAAUAUGUUUGAAGAAAAUUUAAAGAAAAUUCGUUUGAAGUAA